UCAUGGUGGGAGGAGCUUGAGAGUGACAGCGCAGCAGGACGCACGUGUUAUUUUCGCAAAAGUUUAUAAUUAAUUCAGUUUGCGUGUGUCAUUAAUUCUGGUUAUCAAAGCUAAUUUCGGAUCUUAAGACGGUUCCGUUUUUAUUUCCGGUUUAAACUGUGCACGAGAUCUUGCUACUUCAUUAGCUGUGUUAGCUUUGCUAAGUUAGCCAGAGAGCUACAUUAACUGUGAGCUGGGUUCAGAGGUUCCGAGUUCUGUUCACUAUUUCUGUCUGGUUCUGGUUCUACAGAGCAGACAGUGAACUGACAGAGGGAUUAGGUGUUGUUAUGGCAGACAGAAGCAGCUCACACACUGUGUACAACAUCUUUCAGUCCAUGGAGUUCGGACCUUCAGCUCAGAGUCCAGCUGCUAGUGCUGCAAGGUCGUGGUUGGAGCAGCACACUCAUUCACUCGGACCGUUUAUUGAUGGAAAGUUUAUGCGCCCGGAUAAGAGACAGACGCUCACAGUUUCUGAUUCAAAAGGUCAGAAGUUGUGCAGCAUUGUAUGUGCUGAAGAUGAGGACAUUUUGAGUUGCGCCUCUUCAUCCACUGCAGGGUUUAAAGUGUGGAAGGAGCUGAGUGACAAUCACAGAGCCAAGUUUCUGCUCAGGUUAGCGAGUGCACUGCAGAAGUAUAGCCAGUGUGUGUGUGAAGUGUGUGAUCUGUGUCAGACUCCUGGCUCCGCCCCAGCGCUCGUCCGACUGGCACAGUAUUAUGCUGACUGGGCUCAGCUCCGACAUACACUCCUGCCCGAGUGGAACCCACGAGGUGUGGUUGCAGUGGUGGUGUCAGAUGAUGUUUUUUUCUACUCCAUGUGGCUGAAGAUCCUUCCAGCUCUUGCUGUAGGUAAUGCUGUCAUUGUGGUUCCUGGAGUAAAAAUGGCUCCUCCCACCCUCCUAUUGGCCCAGCUGUUAAUGGAGGCGGGACUUCCUGCUGGUGUGCUGAAUGUGGUGACAGGCAGCGGUUCAGUGAGAGUCAGAGUGGCUCAGAACAGCCAGAUCAGCUACGUCACCUACAGUGGGAACAAACAGGAUGGAGAGCUGUUGGUGAAAGAGAUGGCUGGGUGGGGCGUUCCUGUCUCUCUCUCCCUGUCUGUCUGCUCUGUGUGUCCAUUCAUCAUCUUUGAGACUGCAGACGUGGACAGCGCUGUGGACGCACUGAUGGACGCUGCUUUCAAAAACUCAACUGAGUGGAGGUGGGUGGUGUGUGUGCAGGAGGCGGUGUACGAUACGGUGGUGGAGAAGCUGAAGUUCAGGAUGACUGGAAUGAAGUGUGUUGGUCUGGGUGAUGUGUGUGUGAGGGGGCAAGUGGAUGCUGCAGUGCGGGAUGCGAAACAGCAGGGGGCGAUGUUGAUCCAGUCGUGUCCCCCGCCCUCCUCCGGGUGUGUGUAUCCCCCCACAGUGGUGUGUAACGUGGCUCCCUCCUGCUCCUCGGUGGUGUCUCCUCCACCUGGCCCCGUGCUACCCCUGCUGUCCUUCAGGAGCAAUGCAGAGGGCGUGGCUUUGGGAAACUGGAGACCUCAUGGUCAAGCCGCUUCCAUCUGGACCGAAGAUCUGACACUGGCUUUGGAGACUGCAAAGAGUCUGUGUGUAGGGUUGGUGUGUGUAAACACUCACUCUGUGACAGAUCCUUCGCUCCCGCAGUCUGGACGGAGAGAAAGUGGAACCUGCACUGAUGGAGGUCGAGAGGGUCUGUAUCAGUUCCUGAGUGCGUCUGUGGCUCUGCCCCGCUCUGAACCUGUCUCUCUGGACUACACCAAGUUUGGUACUGCAGCAUCCGGGUUCCUGGUGCCGGAAGGUUCUGAUCCGUCCAGUGUCUCUCGCUCCUGUACUCACCUGGUAGGGGGGAAGGUGUGUAAAGCUGAUUCAGGCUGCAGUCGGGUCGUGCAGGCUCCAGGGGGCGCUGUUUUGGCUCACUGUCCUGAUGGUGGCAGGAAAGAUGUCCGUAACGCAGUGGACGCUGCGCUGAAGGUCCAGCCAGGAUGGAUGAAGAAAAGUCCGGCAGCUCGAGCUCUUGCCCUCCACUCCCUCGCUGGCAGUCUAGACAAAAGAAGGCAGGACAUGGCUGCAUCAAUCCACAACCAGACUGGUGUCUCUAUGGAGGAGGCAGCUCAGGAGGUGGAGCUUAGUGUCUCCAGGCUUUCUGAUUGGGCUGCGCGGUGUGAUAAGCAAAAUGGACAUGUGCCACUCCUCCCUCAAACUGGCUCCGCCCUCUCGACCCCGGAGGCGUUAGGAGUUGUGGGUGUGGUCCUGCCUGACAGUAAGCCACUUCUCUCCAUGGUGUCUGUUCUGGGGGCAACUGUUUCCAUGGGCAACGCUGUCAUCAUGGUGCCAAGCGAGAAGUUUCCUCUUCCAGCUCUCGAUUUCAUUCCGGUUCUCCAGGCGUCUGACGUUCCUGUGGGUGUGGUCAGUGUCAUCAGUGGUGGAAAGGAUCAGCUGACCCAGGCUUUAGCCAAUCACAAUGAGGUCCAGGCUGUAUGGUACUGGGGCAGUGCCAAGGGAUGUCAGUUUCUGCAGCACUGCAGUCCUCUGAAGCGUCUCUGGCUGCACUGUGAGGAGGAGGAUGAAAAUAGAAGAAAAUUCUGGACCAAGCCGAGUUCUUCAAUGCAGGAGGAGAUGUGGAGAGAGUGUGUGGUGUGGAAGAGUGUGUGGAUCCCCACUGCAUAGACACACACACGUGUAUAGUCGGAGAGAAACGAGAGGGGAACUUCAUCAACAUGUGAUUUGGACUUCAGACAUUCUUCAGUAAAACUGUGCAGCUGUAAUUUUAUUUAUUCAUAAUUUCAAAUAUAAUUAUGAAAUUGGUAAA